UACUCGGGCUUUGUUUACUUCUCUUAAAAAUCACUUAAAAGGAAGCCUGACUUAUGAUCACACCCAAACACUGCCUUUCUUUUUUCUCUUUCUCUCUCCAAAAACUCGAAACCCCCACAAUCCCCUGACUUCCACUCCUAACAAGAUCUAAAGAGGUACUGUUUUCAAUGGAUGAAUGCAAGAAUGAGAGUGUUUCCGCAAGGAAUGUUGCGGAAUUAUCGACUGUGAGUGUUAGUGAACAUGUAGAUAGUGGUGGUAGUGAGAAAACCACUAUAGCAACGACUCCAGUUGUUGUUGGCUCUGUUGCCAGUGAGGAGGGUCAGGGUAACAUUGAGUGCUCUUCUGGUGAGGAUGUGAUGGCAAAGGAAGUAGGUUCUUGUAAUGGAGAUGAAGUAAUGGUUGAGAGGUCUUCCAGUGAGGGUGUUGAUGGUGGAUGCACACGUGACUUGUGUGAUGGAGGUGGUGGGGAAGCAAGGAAGGAAACUGCUGGUGGUUGUGGUUGUGCCGAGGGAGAUGCAACACAUUCAGAUGGUGGUGGUGUAGCUGGUCAAUUAGGGACACAUGAGAAUAGGGAUUCUGGUGUUGAUCCAUCAAACUCAGGAUUUGAGUCUUCUCGGUCUGCAGAAUCUGAAGAAGGGAAACCAGUUGAAAUUGGGGAGAAGGGGAGGGAGGUCAGUGGAAACAGUAGCAAGGCUUCACCUGAAGUUCAGGAGUUGAGGGUUGAGAGUGAGGUUGGACAGUCUUCUAAGGUUGCAGAAUCUGAAGGAGAAGGUACAGCAGUAGAGGGUGGAGAGGAAGAUAUGGAGGUCGGUGGAAAUGGUGAUAAGACUUCAUCUGAAGUUGGGGUUGCAGAUGCUGACGCUCAUGUUCAGAGUGUGGAAAAUGCAAGUGGUAUUGGUGGGGAAACCCAAGUUGUGGUGGAAGAAGUAACAUUUGUUACAACGGAGGAGAGUUUGGAAAGGGAAUUGGUGGAGGAAGGUGUUGAGGGAGAAAAGAUUGAUGCAAGCCAGAAGGUGACUUCUCAAGAAAUUGGGCUGUCAGAGAAUGAAUCUCAGGAUCAAAGAGCUGAAAAUGGGGCGGGAUGUCCUUCUGUGGUAGUAGGUGCUUCAGUUGGUGAAACCCAAGUUGUAAUGAAAUCUGAAUUGGUUGAGGAGGCUGCCGGGAAGGCUGAUGAUCAAGAUGGCAAUGUGAACGAUGCACUUCAAGAUUCAGAGACACUAGAGGUGGGUGUUUUGCAUGACGAAGUGUGGAAUUCUGGAACUGAAACUGCAGUGUUAGCUUCUCCAUCAACCGUGGAAGAUACAAGUGUAGAGACCGAAGUUAUUGAGGAAGUUGCUGUGCUGGCUAAUAAUGAAGUUUUAGAUCCAAAGGUUGAAGCAAGUAGGAGUGACGCUCUGGAAAGAGCACUUGCUGGUAAUUCGGGGGGGCUUAUAUCAGCUUCUGAAGGAUCAUCAGUUUUACCAGAAAAAGACGGCCUUGCCAACCCAGACUUCAAAUUGUUGGAUAAACAAACUCCAGUUGCUGAUGAAGGGAGGGUUGCAUCAACUGACGACGAAAAAAUCACAUGUCCCAACACCGAAGGUAUGGACACUGAUGGUUUUAGUGAAAGUUUUUAUUUUUCAGUGGAAGAACUGCAGGGAACAUCCGAGACAGCUAAUGGGAGCACUGAAAAUGGCUAUAAUGUAUGUGCAGAUUCACAGUCUUCGUAUCAGCCAGCUCAAGUAGUUGUAGGAGCUGGAGUUGCAGCUAAGGAAAACAUUGUGCUUCUUAAUCCUGUAAAGAGUAAAAAAGUGAUAACUGAAUGCUUAGUUAAUGAUGCUGAAGAAGCUGGUCUACAUAAAGAGCAAGUGAUAACAGUUUCGCAACAGCAGAAAGCUGAUAUUGUUGGAAGCACUGAAACAAGGACUAAGACAGAAUGUGGAGGGAUGGAAAUAGAUGUCGAGGUGGCUUUAACAAACAAUGUUGAGGUUUUGAUCUCACACACUGAUGUUCCAGAUCCUUCUUUAAAAGAUCAACAGUUGAAGACUGAGGAAGGCUCAGGGAAAAGUGCAUCUUGUCAUCCUGCUCAUGUUUAUUCAUUCGAAGAGCAACUGAUGGAAGGUCAAGAACAGGCUACUUAUGCCGAAGAGCUUGAAGGGGAGAAGAAAAGGGUAGAAGAACAGAGCUCACAGGCCGAAACAGAAUCUGGGAUCACAGAGUUAGAUACUUGGCUCAUGGAUGGAGGAGAAAAUGUCAUAGCAAGCAAUGAGGAAGCUUUGAAUCCCAAAACUGAACUCAAGGAGCUUGCUGAAAACGAUCAGCAAUUAAAGGUUGCAGAAGGUUUGGAUGAGGGUGCAUCUCAUGGUCUUUUUGAGAUGGAUUCGCAUGUGGGGCAAGAAAUGACAAUUGAAGAACACUUUCUUGAUGCUGAACAGGUUGAUUUACUAGAAGGGAAAGAAAUGGAAAUUGAAGAACAGGAUACUGACAGUGAACAACUGAACAGCAUCGAGGAGAAAUCUGCUAAAUUGAGAGCUUCAAAGCCUGGAAGCUCAGAGAAAGCAGAUCAGGCUUGUUAUCUACUGCCACCAAAUAAUGAAGGUGAGCUUUCUGUAUCAGAUUUGGUCUGGGGUAAAGUAAGGAGCCAUCCUUGGUGGCCUGGCCAGAUAUUUGAUCCAUCAGAUGCCUCCGAGAAAGCAAUGAAGUAUAAUAAGAAGGACUGCUAUUUAGUAGCAUACUUUGGAGACCGAACAUUUGCAUGGAAUGAAGCAUCUUUGCUAAAACCUUUCAGGUCACACUUUUCUCAGGUUGAGAAGCAGAGCAAUUCUGAAGUAUUCCAGAAUGCUGUUGAUUGUGCUUUGGAAGAAGUUUCAAGACGAGUGGAGCUGGGUCUGGCUUGCUCAUGUGUGCCGAAGGAUGCUUAUGAUGAAAUCAAAUUUCAGGUUCUUGAAAGUGCUGGAAUCCGGCCGGAGGCAAGUACACGAGAUGGUGUUGACAAAGAUACAAGUGCUGAUUUGUUUCAACCAGAUAAAUUAGUGGGUUAUAUGAAAGCAUUAGCACAGACUCCAGGUGGCGGGGCUAAUCGAUUGGAGCUUGUGAUUGCAAAGUCUCAGUUGCUGGCCUUCUAUCGUUUGAAAGGUUACUCUGAACUGCCUGAAUAUCAGUUUUAUGGAGGGUUGUUGGAAAAGUCAGAUACAAGAUUUGAGGAUGAAGUGAUUGAUCAUGCAUCGGCUGUUUACGAGGAUCAUGGGCAAAUUUCAUCUGGUGAGGAGAUUUUGCAAACUCAAAGAGGCUCUUCUCGCAAAUGCAAACAUAAUUUGAAGGAUUGUAUCAAUCCCAGGAAAAAAGAGAGAAACUUGUCUGAUUUGAUGGGUGACUCCUGGGAUUCUUUGGAUGAUGAAAUUGGGUCUGAUGGGAAAGCAAACAAUAAAUUAGUUUCUCCAUCUUCUGGCAAGAAAAGAAAAGGCUCUGAUACCUUUGCUGAUGAUGCAUCUAUGACAGAAGGGAGGAAGACCAUAUCUUUUGCAAAAGUGUCUUCAACCACAACUCUUCCUAAGCCAUCCUUCAAGAUUGGCGAAUGCAUUCAAAGAGUUGCUAGCCAAAUGACCGGGUCUCCUUCUAUCCUGAAGUGUAAUAGCCAGAAGGUAGAAGGAAUCAGCGAUGGCCUCAUUGGGGAUGGAUCUGAUAUUUCAUCUGUGCAUCCUGAGGAUGCUGAGAUAAAGAAAAUGAUCGUUCCAACAGAAUACUCGUCACUUGAUGAAUUGCUAUCACAGCUUCACUUGACAGCACAAGAUCCCUCGAAAGGCUAUGGUUUCUUGAACAUCAUCAUUAGCUUCUUCUCUGAUUUCAGGAACUCGGUGGUUAUGGACCAGCAUGAUAAAGUAGGUGGUAAGAGAAAAACUUCCCAUUCUUCUGUUGGUUUUCCAGAAACAUUUGAAUUCGAGGAUAUGAAUGACACAUAUUGGACAGACCGUGUUAUUCAAAAUGGUUCUGAAGAGCAACCACCACGUAAAAGUAGGAAAAGGGAUAAUCUUUUUGUGCCUGUUGUUCUGGAUAAACCCAGCGGUAGGUCAAACUCUAGGAAAUGUUAUUCUGAUAGCAGUUAUGAUGUAUCAACCCAGAAACCAGUUGGUUAUGUGGAUGAGAAGGCCCCGGCAGAGCUUGUAAUGCAUUUCCCUGUGGUGGAUUCAGUUCCUUCUGAAAUAAGCCUAAAUAAGAUGUUUAGGCGCUUCGGACCACUAAAAGAAUCCGAAACAGAAGUUGAUAGGGAUACCAAUCGUGCCAGAGUAAUUUUCAAGAGGUGUUCAGAUGCAGAAGCUGCUUAUGGGAGUGCUCCAAAGUUCAACAUUUUUGGUCCAAUUCUUGUGAAUUACCAGCUCAACUACACUAUAUCUGUUCCAUUUAAAACUCCACCACCAAUCCUAGAUGAGGAAGAUGUAACUCUUUUUCUUCAAUAUUGAAGUCAAUCUGGUUUGAUACCCAGGUAAAUAUUUGCAGCCGGAUGGUAAUUUCCUACUGUAUUAGGAAUGUCUUUUUCAUACGGUUUCUUGGUAAAUAUUUGCAGCCGUGUGAUAAUUUCCCUCUGUACUGGAAAUGUCUUUUCCAUAUGGUUUCUUGGUAGAGCUUAAUUUACUUAGAACUGGUUAGCUGAUUUAGGACAAAUAAUGACUUAAUCAUGAUUCACAAUUAUUUUGAGAUAAA